AUGUGCCGACGCAUCUCUCUUGCAACACUUGUAAUAAUAUUAUUCUCGUUCAUUGCAGACACGCAUGCCGCUUGGAAUGCACUGACAGUGCCUGACUACCAGGCCAGCACUUGUCCUCUUAAUUUGUACUAUGUUGUAGUUUAUAACACAACCGAGGCGAAUCCUACAUUCCCCGUCACUUCAAACACCAAUGCUUUGUCCAUCCAAUCACCAACACUGGUGGGCCGUGAUGGCGAUAAGUUCUUGGUGGUCUCUCGUGCUAGCUCUGGCACACGUGGAUUGACUGGCGAGACCAUGACCUACGUAGCCCAGUCACAACAGUUCACAACUGUGAACACAUGUGAUCCGCCAACGUCCCAGGUCACACUGUCUACGCCAGUGUACAAUUAUAUAACAUCAAAGGCAACCUCAUACUUUAACAUACAGCCCAACUCUGUAUUCAGGUUCACCUGUAGCUCGACCAAUCCACAGGUACAAUGUCUUGUGACUCUAGUCCAACCUGACUUGGGUCUUUAUAAAGUUGAGUUCAGCCUAUUUGUCAUCAAGCAGGCGGGCACCACCAGCACCUACUUUGACUCUGCCACCAUAACCAUAGCAGCCAACGGAUACAACUACUUCAAUGGGUUGGUCAAAGGUAUUGGCAAAUUGACAACACAGUCACCAUCAAUCACUAUUGUACCAUAUUAUUACCAACCACCUCAGUCUUCCACGGUACAUCAUAGCUUUGGCAUGACUGGACUUGAGCUUGGAAAAGGACUUGUUGGCUCUAGUAACUCUCAGACCUCAUCUGGAUCAAUUACCUAUGCAUCCAACUCCCAACCACUCGUUGGCAACCUUACCUCGGCCAUCUUCUACGGACGAUCAACCUACAGUACACCAAACACGACACUCUACAUCAAUUAUGUUGAUGGCACGAACACCAUUCAUACUGAUCAAGUGGCCACAUUGAUCUACACACCCAAGGACACCAGUGCAGCGUUAAGUUCGCUAUCACUGGAAACCAGUGUGUUGGAUCUGCCGUCCAAUUUCCAACUUGGCAAGGUCGAGAUCCUGAGUGCACUGGAUCAUUCGUUCACCAUCACAACUUCAGGCCAGACCGUGUACCCUAACCCUCCACUGCCUUAUGGUUUAGCCAAUGGCACAUUCGCCUCGGCCAACUACGCCAUGGACUACUUCUUCGCCCAACAAUUCACUGGCAACACCAUCAACACCUUGUCCUACAGUGGAUCUACUAGUAACAAACAAUCCAACAAUGUGUUCAAAGCCAUUAGUACUGCCGACCAAUUGAUGCCGUUCAUGUGGGACGUCACCAUUACACCGAUUGGCACCUACACCUAUGUGGUGACAAUUACAUUCAAAGAUGACUUGAGUGGAAUGAUGAAGGCAGUGCUGUCCCCACAAUGUACACUGACCUCUGCCGACCUUGUCGAGGGCUCUGUAACCAAUGGUGUAAUGUCCCGCGUCUGCAUCUUCUUGUCCACACUGCCACAGUCCCUCUCCAUCAUCGACUAUAGCAGCAACAAAGUGAACAUACCAGUCCACACGCCAUACCGUGGCGCGCCAUUGGUUCAGGAGUUCUUAUUAAUGCCCUCCGUUCCAUCAAUUGUGAACUGGUCACCAAGUGAUAUCACAGCCAUCAGUUUCCAGAACACCACCAGCGAUGUGUCCACUGGUCCAUCAAACAAUGUGUUGUACUUUAACGUCAGGAAUGCACAGACGUCUCUACGGCCUAGAAUAGCACUAUUGUUUGAUCAGAUGUCUGAAUCAUCAUUGACUUUGGACAACACAUUCGAAGGUGCUUGGGACUAUGUACGCCAGAUGUAUGCCGUCCCAUUCACCAUUCCAGCCAGAGUGUUCACCACCUUCCUACCAUACGCCAUCCUCUCCAACGUUGGUUCCAUCACCUGGCAACAUCUCUACGGUGUCUAUGGAGCACAAAGUCAAGCAACAGUCACAUCAAAGAAUGCUGACAUGAUGCCACCCUUGAUCGCCAAGGUCAGCACAUCGACAGAGACCAACUCGGUGAAUGCAUGGUUGAUCACUUUGGAGGAUGAUGUCAAUGGAUUCAAGAAUGGAUACAUUAAUGUAACUUCUAAUCUAGAUCCAUUGGGUCUUCGUUUGGACUUUACAGCCACAGCCAACUUGGUAUCAGGUUCAACUUAUCGUGUUGUGUUGCCAGCCAAACCAAACUGUGUAACUCAGACCUACACAAUCUCUGGUAUCUCACUGACUGACAAUAGUGGCUACACUUCAGCCACGAAUAACCCAGGCCUCUUUGAUCCCUUGAUGCAUAUCGGACAAGACCCAUCAGUGUACAACCCAUCAAUGACUAUAACCUGUCCGACUGCACCCGAAACCUUGCCACCAACACUCGACUCCUUCACAAUGACCCCGACCACCAUGAACGUCCGAGGCUUCCAACGAACAGUAUCAUUCGCUCUCACAGUCUCGGACACUGGUGGCAGUGGUGUAUCUAACAUCCAUGCCCCCGUCAUUUACCUGUCCACACUCAAUGGCGAGACUAUCUCGUCAACAGCUAUCGAGCAACAGCGUGUUGGAAACUCAGUCAAGUACGCCGCCACGAUCAAUGUACCAUAUGGCUUUGGUCUAGGCAUGCCUUACAUCUACGCAUCAGUCUAUGGUAUUAUGGACAACAGCUUCAACCUGCGUGGAUACCCCACAACAGAGUUGUCCGCGUUGUUCUCCUCAGUGAUCAGCAUCGUCGACACCGAACUGACACCACCAGUAAUCGAGUCCAAUGACCCUAUCUCAGUCCUGGGUGGAGAUCUGACCAUCUAUGGCCGCAGCUUUGGCUCCAACCUGAACGGCAACCCAUCGCUCACUGGCAACGUCCUCUCCAACAACAGCCAAUCAGUCAUUGGAACAUACUCACAAUCAAUGUCCGUUCAUGUUGUGGCCGUGUUCAAGUUGCCGUCCAACUACAACACGUUCCGAUUCCAAGUGUUCAAUCCUUUCCCAUCCAACAUCAUCACGAUCAUUCCUUACGUGCCAGAAUUGCCACCCAGCGACUAUGAGUGCUCGACUUCCAACUGCAUCUUUGGCAGCUGCGUGGACAAUCUGUGCGUGUGCGAUGCGCUACACACUGGCGCCAACUGCACGUCCGAGAUCUCAAACACUACGCGACCAGAUGGUAACAGCACCGAGCCGGCGACCAACCCCGGCUCAGGAUCAUCCACAUCCAGGAUUGAGAUCCACUCGAUACGCGAGGUGUCGUCCACUGGCGAGUUGGUGCACGAGUACAAGAUAGCCAACUGGACGUUCUUCAACUACACGACCAAUGAUGAGAAUCACUUUGUCUACUCUGCGCCGCUCCCCGGCAGGACGACGACCGUCAAUGUGACCAUCCAGUUCUUUGUGUCGAGCGCCAUCGUUCACUUUGCUGGAGAGUCGCUGUACAUGUCGCCCGGCGCCACCAAGUUCUCGGUCAAGUUCGACACCUACUCCUUUGCCUCUUCAGUCAACGUGCUGCAGGUGUUGUUUGGCGUGUCGUUCACAGACAAUGGCCCCAUCUGUGGCAGCUCGGGCAGCGAGGCAGAGAAGGACAGCGUGCAGAUGACACUCAAUGGCAGGGUGCUCUCAGGCUCCUUCCAUCCCAAUGGUGAGGUCGAUGGUCGUGUUGUUCGCGUGAACAAUGAGGUGCUCAACGCGACAAAGGAUGCAUCAACUGUUCAGGCGCUAAUGGCAACGAGUCUGCCAUUCUUCACGGACUACGCGGCGUUGGAUCCUAGUUGGACGAUACUUGUCGAGACCAAGGGAUCGGGCUGUGGCAACAGUGGACUGACCAAGAUGCAAAAGGUUGGUAUCAUUGUAGGAUCAAUCGCCUUCAUGACAUGUGUUGUCAUCGCAGUCGUCUACACCAUUUGGCGCAACAAGCUAUCCAUCAAGAAGAAGAAAGAGAUGGACAAUAGAUUGAACACAUUCCAAUAA